CUGUAUCAGCUGGAGUAGUUAUCACAAAAACCUGCUAGCCAGCAGCGACUAUGAAGGCACCGUCAUCCUUUGGGAUGGAUUCACAGGACAAAGAUCCAAGGUCUACCAGGAGCAUGAGAAAAGGUGCUGGAGUGUUGACUUUAACUUGAUGGACCCAAAGCUAUUGGCUUCAGGCUCUGAUGAUGCCAAAGUGAAGCUGUGGUCUACCAACUUGGACAACUCGGUAGCAAGCAUUGAGGCCAAGGCUAACGUGUGUUGUGUCAAAUUCAGCCCCUCUUCUAGGUAUCACCUAGCUUUUGGCUGCGCAGAUCACUGCGUUCACUACUAUGAUCUCCGUAACACUAAGCAGCCAAUCAUGGUGUUCAAAGGGCAUCGCAAGGCAGUCUCCUAUGCAAAAUUUGUGAGUGGGGAAGAAAUUGUCUCUGCGUCAACAGACAGUCAACUGAAGCUCUGGAACGUAGGGAAACCUCACUGCUUGCGCUCCUUCAAGGGUCACAUCAACGAGAAGAAUUUUGUAGGGCUUGCAUCCAAUGGAGACUACAUUGCCUGUGGAAGUGAAAAUAAUUCUCUCUACCUAUACUAUAAAGGCCUCUCAAAGACACUGCUGACAUUCAAGUUUGAUACAGUCAAAAGUGUCCUGGACAAGGACCGGAAAGAAGAUGACACAAAUGAGUUUGUGAGUGCUGUAUGCUGGAGGGCACUACCAGAUGGG